AUGUCCAUUUCUUCGAUAAACAUCACCAUCUUACUAGCUGUUCUAAUCGUUCAGCCCACUGUGUAUUCGCGGUGUCUCUGCCCCGAUGGUUGGGCUGCUCACGGCCAGCACUGCUACCUCUACGUGCCGCAGCCGUUGAGUUUCUACACCGCGGAGAGAAUCUGCGUCGCCCGGGGCCUGCCCGGCCGUCCGUCCCACCUGGCCUCGGUGCUGGACGCGGCAGAGGCCUUGUUCCUCGCGGAGUUGAUUCAGCAGUCCGGUUCGGCCAGCUUCGCUUGGAUCGGCCUAACGGAUGCCGCUAGUGAGGGGUAUUGGGCCUGGCUGGACGGAUCGACAUCCCCGUUUUCCCUCUGGAGGCCAGGAGAACCCAAUAACGUUGGUAACGAAGACUGCGGAACCCUGCACACCACAGCCGACUGGAAUGACUCCCGUUGCGGUAACUCGGCCAGUUUCAUUUGUAAAAUGCCGCAACGUUAUCGUCCUACUAGAUAA